ACAACCGAUUUCCUGCUUUUGUUUCAAAGCUAUUUCCGGAUCCGCACUGUACCGGAAUUGAACUUCUGAAACAACAGAAACAUAUUUUCCUCUUCGUUUUCUUUCUUUCUUUCUUAAUGCCAAUCGCUCUCUUAACUCUCUCUCAGUCGAUCAUUAGCCAGCAUUGGCACAUUCGACGUAUUGAUACAGAACUUGACUAAUUGCGUUGUUUAGAUUGGACACAUAUACAAGCACAGACUGUAGCAGACGAUUGACCAUUAUGAUUUAGACGUGAUCGACUAUUUAGCAGCAGUUUACACACAAAAUAAUGGAAACUAAUGGAGUUAUAACUUUUAUACAUUACAGGAUGUCAAAACAUGUCAUCAGUGUGUUGUAUGUGAUGAAAUUUUUCAACAAUAUGAUGAUUUUGAACAGCACCAUAAAAUGCACUUAAAGGAAAAGAAAAGUGAAGAUGAAGAUGAAUAUUGUCAUGUUAAAAAAGAGAAAAGUGAAGAUGAAGAUGAAUAUUGUCACGUUCAUUUUAAAGAAGAGAAAACUGAUGAUGUAGAUGAAUAUAGUCAUGUUAAAGAAAAGAAAACUGAUGAUAUAGAUGAAUAUUGUCAUGUUAAAGAAGAGAAAACUGAAGAUAUUGAAACUGUUUAUCAGUGUAAUUUGUGUAAUGAAGAAUUUAGAUCCGAAACUGAUUUAGAAAAACACUGUGAAAUACAUGUUAAAGAAGAGGAGUCUGUUUUAAAGCAUGAUACAAAUAGAGAGACAAGUUUCAGCCAGGUUAAUGAAACAGAAAUAAAAGAUCAAUCAACUUCAGAGAAAGGUGUAAAAUGUGAUGUUUGUAACAAAUCAUUUACUAAGAAAUAUUACCUUAAAAUUCACAUGAGAAUUCAUACUGGAGAUAGGCCCUAUAAAUGUGAUGUUUGUGGUAAAUCAUUUACCAAUAAUAGUGACCUACAUAGGCAUAUGAGAAUUCAUGCUAAAGAAAAACCAUAUAAAUGCGAUGUUUGUGGUAAAUCAUUUACUCAGUGUCCCAAUUUACAAAUACACACCAGAGUCCAUACCGGAGUGAAACCGUUUACAUGUGAUGUUUGUAGUAAAUCAUUUAAUCGGAAAGGUGAUCUUCAGAGACACAAAACUAUGCAUUCAGGUGAAAAACCAUAUAUAUGUGAUGUUUGUGGUAAAUCCUUCAGAGAAACAGGUAAUUUAGGGCAACACAUGAGAACCCAUACAGGUGAAAAAACUUAUGCUUGUCUUGUUUGUAGAAAAACUUUUACUAAUAGUAGUCAUCUACAGAGACACGUGAGAAUUCAUACUAAACAAAAACCUUUUUCAUGUGAUGUUUGUGGUAAAUCAUUUCGUCAAAGUGGAACUCUUCAGAUACACUUGAGAACUCACCCUGGUUAAAAAAUCGUUUCAUUUUUAUUUUUUUUGUGAUUUUAUUAUUUAUUGAGAAUUAUAAUUUACAAGCACAGAGAAGAGUAUAUUGAUCAGCAGUAAAUAUUCACUUCUCCGCUACUAUCACUGUAAGAGAUGAUGUCAGCUCUAAGUAUGACCUAUUUAUCUUCUCCAAAUUAAAUUCUAAAACAAUUUUUUUAAAUUAUUAAGAAAAAAAUAAUAAGUUGCUAAGGUAUAUCUAGAUACAAAAUAUUGUAAAUGUGUACGUAAAAUGAGUAAACGACACCAAUUCUGCGGGGAACAGUUUGUGUUACUUUGUUUGAUGUAAACAGCAUAGGUGUUAUACGACCAAGAUUAAAAUUAUACCUCGUUAAAAUCACCGUAAUUAAACUUGUCAACGAUGGGGAAGCAGUAGCUGAAUAUUCAAUUUUAAUAAUAAACUGUAGGACGUUAAACCCCUGGUUAGUGUAAGCCACAGCUUAUUUCAUUUAAUAAUAAAUUGUCAAUAAUAUUUGUAACCUGUAUUUCUGUUAUAUUUAUUUAUUUAUUUAAAAAAAAAACAUCAACAAAUUACAAUUUCAGUUCCCCACUUGCACAUCGCCUGUCCAACCUUGUGGGUUUCCUCCAACUGCUAAAUACAUGUACCCCUAGGUGCAAGCGAGUUAUUGAAAUAAAAUUGAACCAUGUGUUAGACCCAAAAUGAUUUAAUUUGUGUGCAGUGGGUCUGUCUCUCACUCUCUCUCUCUUUCUCUCUCUUCCCCCACCUACUCAAUCUAUAUAAAUAUGCUUUACGCUGAAAGUUUACAGUAUCUAUAAAGUCUCUAUACAUGUAUAAGCAAGGUACUGUAAGAGUUUGUGCUCUUGAACCAUGUAUUAAUAUAUUGUAUAUUGUUUGAAUUAAGAUGAAUAUAAGAAUAUCAAUCUGUGUUCUUGAACCGUAUAUUAAUUUGUUGUGUAUUUUAUCCAAUUUUUGUUUGUAUUUAGAUGAAUUUUACUCUGAUUGAAUAAAAUAUUAUUUAAACCUGCAAAACAACAUGUUUUACAUAACAGCAACAUUGAGGGGAAACCCCAAAGAAUAUAAGAUAAUAUAGUUUUCAAGAAGAUAUGGUAAUAUAGAUUUAUAGUACCUAUGGCAGUGGUGGGCAAACUAGAGCCUA